AUGGGAAAAGCGCUCUCAUUGAAUCAACCAAAGUUAUGUCCAACAGCUACUUGGACUCAAAGUGGCAUCACUUUCGCCAAUAAAACAAUUAUCGGAACUCUCCCCAUUGCUAUUUUCAUUAACAGAAAUAACACAAUUUACAUUCCUAAUCGUGACGAAAAGAAUAUUCUAGUCUGGGAAAAUGAUGCAAUGACACCAACCAAAAAUAUCUCUGGCAAUUUAUCAUAUCUUGCAUCAGUGUUUGUUACAAAUAUAGGUGACAUCUAUAUUACGAAUGGUGGAUCACGACGUCGAAUUGAUAAAUGGAUUUCAAGUUCAAACACGUUCGUCACUAUUAUGUACGUUAAUACAUCGUGUUUUAGUCUUUUUGUUGAUAUUGAUGAGGAUAUCUAUUGUUCAUUGUAUGAAGAGCAUAAAGUUUUAAAAAUACAAGUCAAUGAUAGCACUCCAACAGUCAUCGCCGGUACCGGUAACAGUGGUUCUUCUGCAAGAGAACUCAAUGGCCCAAUGGGAAUUUUCGUUGACACAAACUUGGACUUUUACGUCGCUGAUUGUCAAAAUAAUAGAAUUCAAUUUUACCAAUUAGGACAAUCUCAAGCAAGCACAGUGUUGGGCAAGGGAUCAUCCGAUUCUAAAUUUAGACUGAAUUGUCCCAGUGGAAUUGCAAUUGACGCCAAUAGAUAUCUGUUCGUUGUCGACAGCAGUAAUCAUCGUGUCAUUGGAUCCGGACCUUAUGGUUUCCGUUGUCUAAUUGGAUGUGAUAAAAAACACAAAGAAUUGAAACAUCCCCGAUUACUUAGUUUUGAUAGUUAUGGAAACAUAUUUAUCAAUGAUCGAGAUAAUAAUCGGACACAAAACAAAAUGGUUACCACAAGUACAACAGAUUUAAAUAACGCAAGUGAAUGCACCGUUCCUCCAUCAAUUCAAUUGGCUCCUCAACUAUCGAGUACUUUAGAAUAUCAACGCAAUGAAGAGAUUUUUCUCAGUUCAUCAGUCGAGUUUAUUUGUAACAAACCAUUUCUUAUCUAUUCAAAAUGGACAAUCUCUAAUUCUUUACAAGAAUUUCAAUUCAACUCAGCAGUAGUCGAAACAACUUACAACGAUCUCUAUAUUCCACCAAAUACAUUACCUGUUGGUCUGUACCAAGUGAAAUUAACAAUUUCUACAUCGAUUUCUUCGGGUUUAACAUCACAUCAAUCAAUUUACAUUCAAGUCAAUCCAUCAGGAAUAAUAUUGAACCUCAUUCCUCAAGGCAUUUCAAUGAUCACUCAUGAAUAUCGACAAGAUCUGCAACUCAAUCCAGGAAAGUAUUCAAUCGAUCUUGAUGGAAACAUAUUCAAUGCUAAUGCAUGGGCGUACAAAUACUCUUGUUGGAGUUCAUCAAAUAUCACAUGUUUGGUUAACAAAGGAUGGAAAUAUGAUGAUCUAAUUGAGUCUUCAAUAACCGUAUUUAACCAUGUGUUUCAAGUCAAUCAAAUAUACGAAUUUCACGUUGAAAUAAUCAAUAAAAAAAACUCAUCGGCGAAGUUCAGUAGCUUUUUAAUUGUUAAAAUCCAAGAAAAAUCCUCUCCAUUCGUCACCAUCAAUUGUGUUAUACUCACAUUAUGUAUUGCACAACCUUCUUAUCAAUUGAUCAAUCCUCGCAAUCAACUGUUCCUGCAUUCUCAAUGUUUCGAAAAUUGUUCGCAUGUUCAAUACAUUCGUUGGAAUAUUUAUCACUCGCUUUCCGAUGUUCACAACUGGGUUUUGUUCAACCAAACAGAUACUUAUGAAAACAUCUCGAUUUUUGGUAGAGAAACGAACCGGUUGACUAUCACCAACGAUGUUUUCAGUAAAAAUCAACCUUUUGAAUACUGGAAAUAUGAAGUUGUUUAUUCAUUCGACAACGCGAUCAGUUCGAGUUCGUGUAAUUUUCGAAUUAAUCAACCGCCUACACACGGCUGGUGUGAAAUAACCCGUUUAAAUGGAACAAUAACAACAUUGUUUAAUAUUUCCUGUUCGAACUGGACUGACGAACAUUCAAUCAAAGACUAUUCUUUAUUUUGCUGGAAAACUGAUCCGAAAAAAUUAACAAUCGUUGCUUUUUCAGUCGUUCCGAAUUUUCAAGUUCGAUUACCAUCGGGUUACCUUCAUUUGGUUAUUCACAUUCGAGAUCGAUUCAAUUCGUAUUCACGAUUUAAUCUCUCGUCAAUUCACAUCUCAUCAAAUCUGUCAGAAUUCAAUGGCUUAAUCAGAAUAUUGUCAACUACAAACAUCAAUACAAACAAUCAAAUCCUUUCGUCAAUUUCACACGAACUUAACCAAUUAAAUGAUGAAAAUAUUCAUCAAGCUGUUUCAGAUGGAAUCCCAUUUGUCAACAUUGCUGUCUCACCUUUGAAUAGCGAACAUUUCGAGCAGAUCAUCUUCCCGUCCUCUAAUCUCGAUGAAUAUACAAAAAACUUAAAUUUCCAAUCAAAUCUGCGAGAAACUUUCAUUCAAUUCAACUAUAAUCUAACCAUCGAAUACAUUCUAAGUCUACAUUUACAAUCAUCAACGUUAGCUCAUUUGACUCAAUCUACCAAUCAGUUAACUCGAACAACACUUCUCAUUGCAUUGAAGCAAUGUUUGAAGUUAUCCCAAACUCUACAUUCAAUUUCGACGAGAAUUUCCUAUGAAGAUGCGCGAACGGUGACAACAGAACUUCUUCAAAGUGUUGCGAAUAUUUUAACAGGCUUUCAUGGUCCAUUACAACAACGAAUGGUCAGUUUACAUUCAAAGCUUUUUUAUGUAGAUGACCUAACGAAUCAAGUCAAUCGAAUUAUUUCGUAUCUAACAUCAACAUUAAUUAUUCAUUUGAAUGCUCAGCAAGACUUCAUCAUAGACACGCAACAGAUUAGUUUUUCAAUUCGAUUCGAACAGAGUCAAAAAUAUUUUUUACGGUCGAUCGUAAUGCCAUUAGCUCCAAAUGGCAAUCAAUUGGAAACAAAGCUGUCUCGAUCAGUAUCGAGUUCAUUUGUAGAUUUCAAUGGAAACCAAGUAAUUUCGAUGAGAACUGCAAAAGAAAUUAUCAUUCCUCGUGACCCUAACUUCAUUUUACCACGGUUUGUCCUUCAAAACGUUUCCACAAUAGAAAAAUCAUUUAACUUCAAACUGAUCUCGAUUCAAUCUUCGUACUCAAUUCAUUUUGACAUCGAUCCAAUGAACUCCAAUGCAUCGUAUCUGUUUAUUUAUCAAUUUAGUCAUCAACGAAUCGAUUGGAAACAUUUAAGUGGACUGACUCUUCUUUGUCAACAAAACUUAACGAGCGAACAUUAUUACUCAUAUUAUAUUGAUAAUCAACAAACUGCCAACCAUCAUUCUUUAAUAUUUGGUUUGAGAGAGCUAACUCCAGAUGAAAUCGUCAUUUAUUGUUCGAGUAAAACAAAUCAUCAUCCUCCAAUCGUCAACGAAGACAGUCAUUUUACAACAAAUUAUCAACUACGCAUUUAUUCUUCAUCUUGUUUUUAUAUGGAUGAUACCAAUCAAUGGAAAUCCGACGAAUUAGUUGUUGGACCGAAGUCGAAUUUAUAUCACACUCAAUGUCUCGUGAGGAACAAGAACUAA